AUGAAAGUGAAGGAGGAAAAAAUAGCUGUACAAAAGUUGCUAUUUAUUUCCCUAGGACAGGCCUUUAACUACAAAUUUAAUAUUUCUAUUCUUUUCCCUUCCUUUACCGGUUUCAGACCUCUGGAUCGAGGAAGGGUUGUUAGCAGAAGAACUUAUGAAUUUUUGAAACAUGGGAUUCAUUUUUUUCAACAAAGUGAGCCUUUAAAACCAUCUUCUCCGUAUUUAAUUUUAUCAGUUUGCGUCGUGUUUUCAAUGGUCUCAAACAAAAAGAAAGCCAUUUUGAGGAUAACCAAACAUUAUCAACUGCCUCGAAAUCUUACUUCAUUAUUCCUCUUUGAAAAUUCAUUUUUCGGUAGAGGAAUUCCAAAGCUUUCCCGAUUCUCCCCCAAAUGUCAUUUCUCAUUCCAUUCAUGUGAUCGUUUACCUCCUCCAAUAACUAAUCACAUUUCGAGAAUUCCUCUUUAUUUUUCCCAAGAAACUGAAAGGCCAAGAACCUUGGCACAGUCCCAUCAUCUUGAUUGCCCUUUUGUUUUUCAAUUAUCAAUUCCAUUUGAUAGUGUCAGUGUCCAAGGUCUUGAAAAUAUCAUUAAUAUAUUAAGAUACUCGCCGUUUUCACUUAUUAAACUAUAUCAAAUGCAAUUUCAGUUAGGCCAAGCUAAGAAAAUUCGUUUUUUUUCUUUUACUAAUGCAAAAUUACUUACUUGUAGUCUUCGCAUUGAGCUAGGUCUCCUUUCAAUAGUUAUUAUUUUAAUGGAAUUUAUCCAGACAAUCCUAACCGGAAAUUCCGCCAAUGGUUUGGAUGAAUUUAAACAAGCCCCAGAAUUGUGUUUGUUUGAAUCCGCUUCAUACUUGACAAUUAUAAAAAUCCGAAAUUAA